UGCCUCGGCUAGCCAGCCCUCAGCUUUCUAUUUCGGAGGCUCUGUGUUGCAUAAUAUCUGGGCUACAGUCGCAGGCGGGUGGCGAGCGUUUGCGACAGAAAUAGGUUCCUUCCGCGGCUGCCUUUCAGGGUCCAGCUGGGAGCCUGGGGGGCAGGGGGGAGCUCUCGCCAGGUGUGUGCGGGGUGGGGCAGGACCUCUCCCCCUCCGCACAGGCGUGUCGGCGCGGUCUCCAGGCAGCUUGACUGUAUGACCGGCCCUUCUACCCCCAGAGAAAGAGAGAGAAGGUCAUAUGCCGGGGAUUUGGAGCUCGUGAAAAAAAAAAAGCGGAAAAAAAGCCUCUGGAGGCUGAGUGGGAGCGCGCGCUCGGGGAUGUGUGUGGAAGUAAAACAGAUCCCGCAGGCCCUGCCGCCAGCCUCGCGCUGCAUUUGUCACUCCUGCCCGGCGACAUUUUCUCCCUGAGCUAAAACAGGGAGCGCUGCCGCGGUCUGCGCGAAGCCCGAGUCCCUCACUCGCGCUUGGUGCGUGUCUUUUACUUUUUUGUUCUCUGGACUCUGGGUUCUAGUAUCAAUAUUCACUGAAGACGAACGGCAACCCCCCUGCAGCUCCGUGGUAGGCUCUGCUCCUCGUCCUCCCGCUGGUGGGGGAGCAGGCUUUCUUCUCUCUGGGUGUUUUUCUGAGCAGCACAGUCACCCCAGCUGAGCGUGUCUCCCUCGCGGCGGCUGUGGUCAUGUUGUGAGGGAAGCUCCCUUGGAGGCCGAGGCUGAGGUGCGUGCAGAUGCCGCCUGGACAUCUGUCUGAUCCACGUUAACAUUUGAGGAGUCACAGAAUGCGAAAAUGAACCGGAAGAAGGAUUGGUGAAAUCACAUCCCUUGGCAUCUCUGAACUCCCAGCUCUGACCCACUGAGGCAGCCAAGUCUGAGUCAAAGAGCGUCACCAGGCAUCGGAGUCAGAGUGACCCACAUCUGGUGGAAGAGACAAAAAUGUAGCUAUCGAAUCCAAUCAAGUGUUUCUCUCUCUCAAAUUGCCAACAACAUCCCGUCAAGAAAAGUUCUGGUGGGUCCCACAUCCGUAUGGCUACCCGAGGAGACACGUAAAGAUGGAGAAAUCAAGGCACAGAGAAAUUAAGUGACUUCGCCAUAGUCACAGCUGGGGAGGACCAGGAGUAGAGCUUAGAGAGAACCCUGCCCCUGGGCCUGUGUCCUGCCCACAGUCACGCUGCCUCCAUUCCUAGGAGAGAAGACUUCCUGCAAGAUGGAGGUGGACGCCGAGGAGAAGCGUCAUCGCACACGGUCCAAAGGGGUUCGAGUUCCCGUGGAGCCAGCCAUCCAGGAGCUGUUCAGCUGUCCCACGCCCGGCUGUGAUGGCAGCGGCCAUGUUAGUGGCAAAUAUGCAAGACACAGAAGUGUAUAUGGCUGCCCCUUGGCCAAAAAAAGAAAAACACAGGAUAAGCAGCCCCAAGAGCCCGCUCCCAAGAGGAAGCCGUUUGCGGUGAAGGCGGACAGCUCCUCGGUGGACGAGCGCUAUGAGAGCGACGGGUCGGAUGACACGGACGAGAAGGAGGAGGACGAGGAGGAGGAGGACUCGGAGGAUGAGGACGAGCCAAGGGAGGACGAGGAGGAGGACCGCGAGGAGGAGGAGGAACUGGAGGAGGAACUAGAGGAUGAGGAUGAUGAGGACGGGGAGGAGGACGAGGAGGAUGAGGAGGAUGACGAGGACGAGGAGGACGACGAGGAGGAGGAAAACGAAGACCAUCAAAUGAACUGUCACAGUAGUCGCAUAAUGCAAGACACAGAAAAGGAUGAUAAUAAUAAUGAUGAGUAUGAUAACUAUGAUGAGCUGGUGGCCAAGUCCUUGUUGAAUCUCGGCAAGAUUGCCGAGGACGCAGCGUACCGGGCCCGCACGGAGUCCGAGAUGAACAGCAACACCUCCAACAGUCUGGAAGACGAUAGUGACAAAAAUGAGAACUUGGGUCGGAAAGGCGAGUUGAGUCUAGACUUAGACAGUGAUGUCGUUAGGGAAACGGUGGACUCCCUGAAAUUACUAGCACAAGGACAUGGUGUGGUGCUGGCGGAGAACAUGAACGACAGGAGCUACGCAGACACCGUGUCGCAGCAGGACAGUCGGAACAUGAACUACGUGAUGCUGGGAAAGCCCCUGAACAACGGGCUGGGGGAGAAGCUGGUGGAGGAGAGCGACGAGGAGGUGUGCCUGAGCAGCCUGGAGUGCCUGCGCAACCAGUGCUUCGACCUGGCCCGCAAGCUGAGCGAGACCAGCCCGCAGGACCGGAACCCGCAGCCCAGCCUCAGCGGCCGCCCGCACCUCCGGCCAGAGGACGACUUCUCGGGCAGGACGCCGGACAGGAGCUACUCGGACAUGAUGAACCUGAUGAGGCUCGAGGAGCAGCUGAGCCCCAGGUCGAGGACUUUCUCCAGCUGCGCAAAGGAGGACGGGUACCACGAGAGAGAUGACGACACGGCCUCCGUCACCUCCGACAGGUCCGAGGAGGUGUUCGACAUGACCAAGGGCAACCUGACCCUCCUGGAGAAAGCCAUCGCUUUGGAAACGGAGAGGGCGAAGGCCAUGCGGGAGAAAAUGGCCAUGGAGGCCGGCAGGCGGGACAGUAUGAGGUCGUAUGAGGAGCAGUCGCCAAGACAGCUGCCCGGGGAGGAGAGAAAGCCCAAACCCAGCGACAGCCAUGUCAAAAAGCCAUACUAUGGUAAAGAUCCCUCGAGAGCAGAAAAGAAAGAGAGCAAGUGUCCAACCCCAGGGUGCGAUGGAACUGGCCACGUAACUGGGCUGUACCCGCAUCACCGCAGCCUGUCCGGAUGCCCGCACAAAGAUAGGGUCCCUCCGGAAAUUCUUGCCAUGCAUGAGAAUGUUCUCAAGUGUCCUACUCCGGGCUGCACAGGGCGCGGGCAUGUAAAUAGCAACAGGAACUCUCACCGAAGCCUCUCUGGAUGCCCUAUUGCUGCAGCGGAGAAGCUGGCAAAGGCCCAGGAAAAGCACCAGAGCUGCGACGUGUCCAAGUCCAGCCCGGCCUCAGACCGGGUGCUCAGGCCAAUGUGCUUUGUAAAGCAGCUCGAGAUCCCUCACUACGGCUACAGGAACAACGUCCCCACGACCACGCCGCGCUCCAACCUGGCCAAAGAGCUGGAGAAAUACUCCAAGACGUCGUUUGAGUACAACAGUUACGACAGCCACACGUACGGCAAGCGGGCCAUAGCUCCCAAGGUGCAAACCAGGGACAUAUCCCCCAAAGGAUAUGAUGCGAAGCGGUACUGCAAGGACGCCAGCCCCAGCAGCAGCACCGCCAGCAGCUACGCGCCCAGCAGCAGCAGCAACUUGAGCUGUGGCGGCGGCAGCAGCGCCAGCAGCACCUGCAGCAAGAGCAGCUUCGACUACACGCAUGACAUGGAGGCAGCCCACAUGGCAGCCACCGCCAUCCUCAACCUGUCCACACGCUGCCGCGAGAUGCCGCAGAACCUGUCCACCAAGCCGCAGGACCUGUGUGCCACCCGGAACCCUGACAUGGAGGUGGACGAGAACGGCACGCUGGACCUGAGCAUGAACAAGCAGAGGCCGAGGGAGGGCUGCUGCCCGAUCCUGACCCCGCUGGAGCCCAUGUCCCCGCAGCAGCAGGCCGUGAUGGGCGGCCGGUGCUUCCCGCUGGGCGAGGGGGACUGCUGGGACCUGCCCGUGGACUAUACCAAGAUGAAGCCCCGAAGGGUGGACGAGGACGACUCCAAGGAGAUCACUCCGGAGGACCUGGACCCCUUCCAGGACGCCCUGGAAGACAGAAGGUACCCGGGGGAGGUGACCAUCCCGAGCCCCAAGCCCAAGUACCCGCAGUGCAAGGAGAGCAAGAAGGACCUGAUAACUCUGUCGGGCUGCCCGCUGGCUGACAAGAGCAUCCGGAGCAUGCUGGCCACCAGCUCGCAGGAACUCAAGUGCCCCACCCCUGGCUGCGACGGCUCUGGGCACAUUACCGGCAACUACGCUUCCCAUCGAAGCCUUUCAGGGUGCCCGCGAGCCAAGAAGAGCGGCAUCCGGAUAGCGCAGAGCAAGGAGGACAAGGAAGAACAGGAGCCCAUCAGGUGCCCCGUUCCCGGGUGCGACGGCCAGGGCCACAUCACCGGGAAGUACGCCUCCCACCGCAGCGCCUCCGGCUGCCCCCUGGCGGCCAAGAGGCAGAAGGACGGGUACCUCAAUGGCUCCCAGUUCUCCUGGAAGUCGGUCAAGACGGAGGGCAUGUCCUGCCCCACGCCCGGCUGCGAUGGCUCCGGGCACGUCAGCGGCAGCUUCCUCACACACCGCAGCUUGUCAGGCUGCCCGCGAGCCACGUCAGCCAUGAAGAAGGCGAAGCUGUCGGGGGAGCAGAUGCUGACCAUCCGGCAGCGCGCCAGCAACGGGAUAGAGAAUGACGAAGAAAUCAAACAGCUGGACGAAGAAAUCAAGGAGCUGAACGAGUCCAACUCACAGAUGGAGGCCGACAUGAUCAAGCUCAGGACUCAGAUCACCACCAUGGAGAGCAGCCUGAAGACCAUCGAGGAGGAGAACAAAGUGAUCGAGCAGCAGAACGAGUCCCUGCUGCACGAGCUGGCGAACCUGAGCCAGUCGCUAAUCCACAGUCUGGCCAACAUCCAGCUGCCGCACAUGGACCCAAUCAAUGAACAAAAUUUUGAUGCAUACGUGACUACUUUGACGGACAUGUAUACAAAUCAAGAUCGUUAUCAGAGCCCAGAAAAUAAAGCCCUCCUGGAAAACAUAAAGCAGGCUGUGAGAGGAAUUCAGGUCUGACCAGCUGCUCAGUGACGUAGUGGCGGAACCUGCUAGAAAGGACGCCUGUCGCCCUGCUGCUGCCCCGCCCGAGCGCACCCGUGCGCAUGUCUGUCCGAGUCCCGCCCAGAGACUCCAUGGCCUCACGUCCCGCUCUCCCAAUAGCACCUGCACAUAGUGUGGACACAGUCACGUUCGUACGUUUCACAUGAGCCGACACAGUGUGGCUUCUCCAUGUCAUGUUCAUAGCUGCUAGUGUGUGCGCAUUUGGGGGGAUAUAUAUAUUUCUGAAGAGGUAAGCUGAUCAAAAUAGAGUGGACAUUCUUUUUAACGCUUAGCGGUUAAAUGUUUUAGUAUUUUGAACUGAAAUGGACAAAAAGAAACGGCUUUGAAUGACCAUGAGGUGGUGCAGCCACGUUUCAGACAUCGUCAUUUCACCUCGUGUUGGAGGAUUUGAUGGAAGCUAAGAAGUACAGUUUGUGUGCAUAUUGUUUCAUAGCAAGAAUUGUUUGCAAGAAAUGCUUUAUUUUUGAACAAUGCCUGGAAAUAUCAUGUGAUUUCUUUGUUUGUUUGUUUUAGGAGGAUGGUGUGUGGUGGGGGCAGUAAGUGAGGUUUUUUGAAUUCCAAGGAAUGGCAUGUGGAUUAACUGUAAGAAAGGGAUCAGUAAUGUGUUGUAAGAACAUCAAGCCACGGACACUGGGCAGAAGAUGGGAA